GAGCUCGAUUUAGUAGCCCUAGACAGACCAGCGUAAGGAAAUAAGCUUGCGUAGAAAAAAGGCUGUGUGUGUGGUUCGAUGUGCUCCGAGCUCUAUUUCUUUUGCUUUGGCGAGCGGGAAUAAGGAAAAAGUUCGGCUUGCUGUAAGAAAGGCCGGGUUUUCUGAUAAUUUAAUGCUGGCGACAUGGACUGGGGGCAAGAUGUGUUGAUGUCGCCAGUUAUUCGAGACACAGAAGUGACUCGAGCGGCUCGCAGAAAAAGUUCCCACAAGAAGGUUGCUUUCCCACCUCCGCGAGAUGAGUCCCCCGGGGCAGCUGUCACCCCAGCGCGGCCCCUGCUCCGUCACACGCCUGGAUCCCUCUUCAAGCAGACAUUCACCCCUAGAAGCUCCUCGAGGAAUCCAGAUGUGUCGGCCAUCUUGGGCACCGGCAGCAGGACGCCGCGGUUUAUGCAUACUCCCCGCACACUGGGGAGCAUGAGUGUGAACCUGGAUGAUAGCGACUGGACCGCCAGCUUGUUCCCGUCCCCCCUGUCAGUCUUGGGAGACGCCACCUUCACGGACGACAUCAACACCAGCGCCGUCAUGCUGAAGGAGGAAGAUCCGGGAGAGGCUGCCUCUCUCAGCCUGUUCCCAGAGUUUCUGCAGUCCUACCUCAGACACUCGUCCAGCACAGUCUUUGAUCUCCUGGAGGAAUAUGAGACCGUCUGUCAGGAUAAGGUGAACAUGUUACAGCGGUUGGUCCUCCGGGCCACGCCUGGGCAGCAGAAGUUCUCCAAGACGGCCAGCGUCAGGUGGCUGCUGCAGCAGGAGAUGGUCACCUGGCGCCUCAUCACCUCCCUCUAUAGGGACCGUGUUCAGUCCGUCCUGGAGGAUGACCUCAUGAUGGAUGUGGCUGGUCCUACUGAGAGCGAGAAGCUGGUCAUGGAGCAGCUCUUCCACAGGGACGCUUUGGUGCGGCAGAGCCAGCUUGUUGUGGACUGGCUGGAGAGUAUAGCCAAGGAUGAGAUUGGGGAUUUUUCAGACAACAUCGAGUUCUACGCUAAAUCGGUUUACUGGGAGAACACCUUACACGCCCUGAAGCAGAGACAGAGCACAUCACACACCGGCUUCAACCGGCCCCUCGUCACUGAGCUGGACCCCGACGCCCCCAUCAGGCAGAAGCGACCGCUAGCUGACCUGGACCAGGAGGAUGACGCUCGGCUGCUGAAGUACCUCUUUACCUUAGUGAGGGCAGGCAUGACCGACGAGGCGCAGAGACUGUGCAAGCGCUGUGGACAGGCCUGGAGGGCGGCCACACUGGAGGGCUGGAAACUGUACCAUGACCCAAACAUCAUCGGAGGCAGCACGGAGCUGCAGCCAGUGGAGGGGAACCCCCACCGAAGCGUGUGGAAGGUGUGUUGCUGGAGGAUGGCGGAGGAGGAGCAGUUCAACAGAUACGAGCGAGCCGUCUACGCAGCGCUCAGCGGGAACCUCAAGCAGCUCCUGCCAGUGUGCGAGACGUGGGAAGAUACUGUGUGGGCCUACUUCAGGGUGCUGGUCGACACCAAGGUGGAGCAGGAGGUGCUGUCCUCAGGCAUGGGCAGCAAGGAGCUGGAGGACCUGCCCCGGGAAUACCUGGGGGCCAACUGGUCACCAGAGAAGGUGUUUGAAGAGCUUCAAGCCACCGAAUCAAAGAAGGUGCUGGCAGAGACCAAGGAGCACUACCACGUCAUUCAGAAGUUCGUCAUCCUGGGGGACCUGGAUGGACUGUUGGAGGAGUUCGGUGAUUGGCUGGGGGGCGGCACGUCUCUGCCCUCCCACCUGCUGCGAUUCAUGGCUCACCUGGUGCUCUUUUACCGGAGCAUGGGUGUGGAGCUGAAGGAGGACAUUACCGUGGAUGUUCUCAAGGCUUAUAUUCAGGUCCUGGUCAAUGAGAAGCACGUAGACCUCAUAGCCUUCUACGUGAGCCACCUGCCCCAGGACAUAGCGGUGACCCAGUAUUCCCAGUUCCUGGAGUCUGUGACUGAGACGGAGCAGCGCAAGCGCUGUCUGGAGCUGGCCAGGGAGGCGGGGCUGGACGUGGCAGCGGUGACCAAGACUGUCGUGGAGAACAUUCGAGAGAGAGACACCGAAGACUUUGCCCACCAUGAUCUCACCGUCGCCUUGGAUACCGGCACCUCUGAGGAAGACCAACGCAAGAUAGACGUGAUCGACUGGCUGGUGUUCGACCCGUCUCAGCGGGCCGAGGCCCUGAAACAAAGCAACGGCAUCAUGAGGAAGUUCCUGGGUGCCAAGAAGCACGACGCCGCCAAAGAGGUUUUCGCCCGAGUCCCGGAUGACUCCAUGAGGGAGAUUUACCGGCAGUGGGAGGAGCAAGGCACAGACACGCCCCUGCUGGCCGAGGAUGAGAACGCCAUCCGUGAACACCUAUGCAUCAGGGCCUAUCUGGAAGCUCAUGAGGCCUUCAACGAGUGGUUCAAGCACAUGAACGUGCCCCCACAGAAGCCCACGCUGGCCUCCAAUGCCAAGUUUACGGAGACAGUGGCCCACGAGCUGAAGGAGAAGGAGUACAAGAUGGAGUAUGACAACUGGAAAGGGCGGCUGGAGGCCCUGACUGACGACGUGAAGGAGAGGAUCUACAACGUGCUGCUGUUUGUGGACGGCGGCUGGAUGGUGGAUGUCCGGGAGGACGCAGAGGAAGACCCAGAGCGUGCCCACCAGAUGGCGCUGCUGCGUCGUCUCUGCCUGCCCAUGCUGUGUUUCUUGCUGCAGACGGUCUUGCACAGCACGGAACAGCACCAGGAGAACCUGCGCCUGGCGGAAAUCGUGGCCUCCGACCAGCACCGGCUUUACCAGGUCUUCUCCAAAGAGGAACUGCGGAAGUUCCUCUUGAAGCUGCGUGAAUCCUCACUCCUCCUGCUAGACAAGGGUCUGGAUUCUCUGGGCUAUGAUAUCCAGCCGUAGACGCAUCCAUAGUGGACCGUUUCUGUGAUUUUUUUUUUAAUAAAUAUUUCUUUGCUGCAAGGCAGGAAUGUCUUUAAAAAAUGUGCAUUUUUGUAAUCCAGUAAUAAAGAUGUUUGAUUUCUGAA